AUGUCAUCUCAAUUAUCAGAAACUCACCGUGAAAAUGCAGAGGUUUUCACCGACCCAACGAUCUGCAAACAGAAAUCUCUACAACUUCUCGAACAAAUCAAUAUGCCAAAAGGGCUUCUCCCAUUGGAUGAUCUAGUCGAAAUAGGGCACAAUAAACAAACCGGAUUCGUAUGGCUGAAACAGAAGAAGGCAAAAGAAAAUCGGUUUAAGAAAAUCGGAAAACUUGUCUGGUACGAUACUGAGGUCACCGGAUUCCUUGAAGAUCGCCGGAUGAAGAAACUCACCGGCGUUAAAAGUAAGGAACUGUUGAUCUGGAUAACAAUUUCUGAUAUUUCUAUUCACGACUCUGAUUUACAGAAAAUUACGUUUGCUACCCCUUCUGGAAUUUCUAAGGCUUUUCCGGUGUCUGCGUUCGAAGAAUAA